CAAGUACUAACCUGGUUGACCCUGUUUAGUUUCCAAAAUCAGGCAGAACUUUCUGCUUUUGGCGUAUUGUCGUACAUAUAUAUAUAGGAACUAGCUGUGCCCGGCCACGCAUUGCUGUGGCAAAGUGGUGGUGGUAUUGGUUAAAAGUUGUUGUAGAAUUUUUAUUUGACGUUAUUUGUAUUUUUUAAUUAAUUUUAUUGUAACUUAUCUUUUUUAUUUAUUAUAUUUUAUUAUUUUUUGUAUUAUUUUUAGUUAUUUUAUUAUAGUAUUUUAUUGUAUUAAUUUUUUAGUGUUUUUAUUGUAUUAUUUGUAUUUAUUUUAUUUUUUAUUCUUUUAUUAACACUGGGCUGCGUGGGUUGCUAGGAGACCAAGUGGGCAGAGCUUAGAGCCUUCUAAGUGGAAGCAAUUGGAUAAAAACAAUUAUUUCUCUCCCUCUAAUUAGGACUUUAUUUUUCUUUGCUUUUUGUUGUAUCAACCUAGAGGCAAGGAUGAUGGGUUGUGUUGUCAAAUUUCGAGGUUGGGGGGCCUGUAGUUUUGUUGUUUUGUGGGUCGCCGUGAUGCCAUCACUCUUUUAUAUAUAUAGAUGGGUGCCACUUACUUGUCUUUCAUUCCACCAGUUUCCCAUCCCUCAACAGUUUUUUUGUCUAGGGAAAUUCUCAAGAAAGUAUUUAAAAAUACAAAACGAGAUACUUAGCAGAGUAUUCUCAGCCAGCAGCAGGCAGUGAUAGUGUGGCUGUAAAGAACUCUUGAGCUUAAGGAAGCGAGAUGCAGAGUUCAAUUUUAAAAGUUUCCAAAGAUUUAUUAAAAGAUAACAUCUCUUGAUAGAAAGGAUUGGGUCUAAGCUUUCUCUACCUGCAUUACUUCUAGAUUGAAACAAAAGGAAACAUCUCUAAAGACUACAUUUUCCCAUUCACACAAAGUAGAGAGAGAGAUCAGGAUGAAAAGGAUGGUAAACUCCCACUGUUAGCCCCAGCGUCUGCCAACCUGGCAGUUUGAAAACAUGCAAAUGUGAGUAAAUCAAUAGGUGGGAAGGUAACAGUCUCUGAUGGGAAGGUAACAGUGCUCCAUGCAGCCAUGCCGGCCACAUGACCUUGGAGGUGUCUACGGACAACGCCGGCUCUUCGGCUUAGAAAUGGAGAUGAGCACCAACCCCCAGAGUCGGACAUGACUAGACUUAACAUCAGGGGAAAACCUUUACCUUUACCUUAGGGCUCAGAUGCAACCAUUAGAGGGCAGUGUACCGUAUGUAGGUCUUAAGUACCCAGAUGCAACCACAAGGGGGCAGCAUAUGAACAGACUAUUAUUUUAUUUGUUUGUUUAUUUCUUGCAUUUCUCUACUGCUCUUCUCACCCCUGGAGGAACUCAGGGUGGUGAACAUAUCAGUGGCAAAAAUGCAAUGCCUCAGUACAUAUAAAAACAAUAGAUAACAUAAAAGGUACAGGUUUUCUCUUGACGUUAAGUCUAGUCGUGUCUAACUCUGGGGGUGAUGCUCCUCUCCAUUUCUAAGCUGAAGAGCCGGCGUCGUCCAUAGACACCUCCAAGGCCAUGUGGCUGGCAUGUAUGCAUGGAGCAUUGUUAUCUUCCCAUCAGAGUGGUACCUAUUGAUCUACUCACAUUGGCAUGCUUUCAAACUUGCUAGGUUGGCAGAAGCUGAGGCUAACAGCGGGAGCUCACUCCACUCCCCGGAUUUGAACCACUGACCUUUCGGUCAGCAAGUUCAGCAGCUCAGCUCUUUAACCUGCUGGGCCACUGGAGGCUCAUAGAUAACAUAAUUAAGCCCAUCUAUAUAUAUAAAAGGGUAAUGAAAUUUCAGCCUAGGAAACUACAAACUACAGACUACAAAACUACACAUCGCAGAAACACUAAACUUGGCAGCACAACCCCUCAUCCAUACCGCUACGUUCAUACAACAAAAAGAAAAGAAAAAUAAAGUCCUAAUUAGAGGGAGAGGAAUAAUUGUUUUUAUCCAAUUGCUGCCAGUUAGAAGGCUAAGCUCCGCCCACUUGGUCUCCUAGCAACCUACUCAGCCCAGGGGACAGGCAGAGUUAGGCCUCACUUAGGCCUCUUCCACACUGCCUAUAAAAUACAAAUUAUCUAUUUUAACUGGAUUAUAUGGCAGUGUAGACUCAAGGCCCUUCCACACAGCUAUAGAACCCAUUUAUAAUGGACUUAAUGUCAGGGGAAAACCUUGACCCUUUACCUUAACUACCACCAAUUCCUCAAUACUUUAUUUCCCAUGCCACCAUACUUCGCCACAGCAACGCGUGGCUGGGCACAGCUAGUAACAUAUAAAUCGAAACCAUUAAAAAAGCUGCAUAAAGACAUUAGGCAUUAGCUCCUGGCAGGCAAAAUGAAUGCACUAUGAGGCAAAAAACGCAGCCUUGGAGGUCACAGUCCAUCCCAGGACUGAAGAGUAAUAUUCUGGAAGAGGUGUGUGUGUGCCUGGCUCUGAGGCUGAGACUCACCUGAUGCCAACCAUGAGUCUUUUGGGGAAACCUUGGAUCUGGAGGUCGAGGAGGGGGAGAGGAGAGGGAAGGGAGGGUGCCUCUGGGGAGAAGGGAAGAGGGAGAGAAACACUGGGGAACAAGGGGCAGGGCUGCGCACUACAACUCCCAGGAAGCUCAGGACACGAGCAGAGUCAGAGGGAUGGGGAUGGGCUCUGCAGUUGUCCCUGUCUCCCUCCCAGCUGGGCCCCUUCCUUCCUUCCUUCCUUCCUUCCUUCCUUCCUUCCUUCCUUCCUUCUUACCUUCUUACCUACCUACCUACCACAAGCCAGAAAAUAAUAAACUUUUGCCUAUGUAGCUUUGCCAGUGCAUAUGCCCCUCCCUUCCUGUGAGCUGGUGCCUUUCUCCAGAAGGUUCCAAGACCAAAAGUUAGCUUGAAAUCGACAAGUGAGGUCACACAUAUCACUUAUGCCAGGUGGGUGAGGAAGACCCUCAGCCAUUGGUCAAUUUUAGAUAAGCCAAAGGUAUAUAUUCUUUGCUUGCUGCGAAAUGUGGGGCGGUGGCCAUUUCCAUGAUACAGCCCUUUGGGGUAUGUAUGGCGGUUUGCCAUAUCAUAGUUCUGGUAACAAUAAAAGGCUUGUUUUAUCGCUUUCUUGGAAUUCUCUCAUUUACUUCUUCUCCGAAUGCGCUGGAUGAACAAGGUCAGUCUCUUACACUUCCUUCCUUCCCACUUAUAGAACUACAUUAGACUAAGCUUUCCCCCUUAAUUCAAACUUAAGGCACAUCUACACUGUAGAAUGAACACACUUUGAUACCACUUAGAAUCCAAGAGUUGGAAGAGACCUCAUGGGCCAUCCAGUCCAACCCCAUUCUGCCUAGAAGCAGGAAAAUCACAUUCAAAUCACCCCUGACAGAUGGCCUCUGCUUAAAAGCCUCCAAAGAAGGAGCCUCCACCAUGUGGUCCUAGAGUGUGGUGGAGGCUCUUUCUUUGGAGGCGUCUUCCUUCCUCUUCCUCCCUCUUUCCUCUCCUUCUUGAGUCUCGCUUCUCUUCCUCACUCCCAUCCUGGCCUCCCUGGAGGAGGAGAAGAGUCUCUGAGGCUUCAAAGGAGGAAAAGCGAGGCUGGUGCUGUAGGAACACAAGGCAAAGGGAGGAGGAUGGGGGGCAGGCAGGGCAAAGGCAGGAAUCACAUCCAGACCCCCAAAGUCUCCCUUGGAGACCCAACAAGGGCUGGAGAGCAAGGAGACCUUGGAGGAACAAUUUUGGAGGGAAGCUUAGAUGGGAAAUGGGAUGUUUUUUUGAGUCCUUUUUUUAGAGUUGGUCAUGAGAGCAUGCUACAUUCAUGUAUGAGGCAUCUGCAUCAGGGAAUUAAUGCACUUUGGGGCCACUUGGACCAUUGUUUCCAUGGUCUGCCAUCCUGGGAGGGGGAAUUUGGUGAGGCACCAGCACUCUUGGACAGAGAAGGCGAAGGACUCUCUCACACUACAACUCCCAGAAUUCCUCUCAGUUUCAGGAUUGUAUAUACAGGGAAAAAAGGGAAUUGGGCUAAAGGUAAGGGGAAGGGAAAGGCAAUGCAAUGGGAUUCCCAUAGAGUUAAUUCAUCAAGUCUGCUCUACUCUGCUUUUCUUACAGGGAAGCCAGAUAGUGGCAACCCAAAAUGAGUUGUAAAGACACCUUUUCUCUUGAUGGUAUUAGAUAAUUAAUAUAGUGCUCACCUCCACUUUGUCUUGCGUAGACUUUGCUUCCUGACAUCUUCAGAUGGAGAAGGGAAGAGGUUCUUCAGCCCUGAUGGAGCCCAGAGUGAAGAUGGAGGAGCCAGACCAGACCAGCCCUGAAGGGGGAAGAGAGCCCUGCACAAUGUGGGGCAGGAGAAGGGUUGGGGUCCUAGGCAGAAUGGGUCUGGAUGUCCUGGAGGAGAAGGCCUUCAAUGCAAACCUUCAAUGCCAACGCUUCCAGUGCUUCUGCUAUGAGAAAGCCUUGGGUCCCCGAGAGGUGUGCAGCCGCCUCCACUCUCUCUGCCGCCUGUGGCUGAAGCCAGAGCGACACUCCAAGGCGGAGAUGCUGGACCUGGUGCUCCUGGAGCAGUUCCUGGCCGUCCUUCCUGCAGAGAUGGAGCGCUGGGUGAGGGAAUGUGGGGCAGAGACCAGUUCCCAGGCCGUGGCUUUGGCUGAAGGAUUCCUCCUGAGUCGAGAAGAAGAGGAGAGGGCGCUGCAGGAAGAGCGGCAGGAGAGAGAGAGCCUUCAGGCCCAGGAGGCCCCACUGGAGACCAGCAAGACGUUUUCUUCUGGGUGGAUUGAACUAGAAGACAACACAGGAGAGUCUCCACUGGGAGACGAGCCCAGGGUGCUGGGAAGACGUGGCAGCUCCACUCUUUCUGAAGCAGGAGACGUGGCAUCCGUUCAACAAGAUCAGGUGAUGUUUGAGGAUGUGGCUGUACAUUUCAGUAAGGCGGAGUGGGCCUUACUGGAUCUGGAUCAACGGGCCCUGCACUGGGAGGUCAUGGAAGAAAAUUAUAGGAUGGUGGCAUCUCUGGGUGGUGAUGGACAAGGGAGUGAAAGUGGGGAAGCACCAAAUAAAAUGUGGCUGAAAACAGGGAGAAGUAAAAAGGAAGAAGGAAGAAGCCCGAGAAUUGAAGCAGAAGCAUAUAUCAGGAAGGAGUGUCCUGUCGACACCAGGGAAAUCACAACCCAAGAGGCAAUACAUGAAAGCAGAGAGACUGGGAAAAGCCCUGUCUAUGAAAAUGGCUCCUUCCAGGAAGCAUCCAGUAUACAUCCUACACACAACGAAAAAUACCAGAUUGCGGACAAGCAAUAUAAAUGCCUGGAGUGUGGAAAAUGCUUUCAUAAAAAAAGAAACCUCCGUAGACACCAAAAAACCCACACAGGAGAGAAGCCAUAUAAGUGCCUGGAGUGUGGAAAAUGUUUCACUUGGAAACGUCACCUCAAGAGACAUGAAAGUACCCACACUCAUGAAAAGGUAUACAAAUGCCUGGAGUGUGGAAAAGGUUUUUAUGAAGAGAGCAGUCUUAUUAAACACGAAAUGAAUCACAGAGGAGAGAAACCCUAUAAAUGUCUGGAGUGCGGGAAGGGUUUCUGUUGGAAAAAUAGCCUAAAGAUGCACCAGAACACCCACUUAGAAGAGAAGCCACAUAAAUGCCUGGAGUGUGGAAAAGGUUUCUUUCAGAAAGGACAGCUCAACAGACACAAAAGAACCCACACACAAGAAAAGCCAUAUCAAUGCCGAGAGUGUGGAAAACGUUUCUCUGAUAAAAGAAAUUUUAUUGGACAUGAAAUGAAACACAGAGGAGAGAAACCCUAUAAAUGCCUGGCGUGCGGGAAGACUUUCUGUUGGGAAAAUGCCCUAAAGCGGCACCAAAAAACCCACACCGGAGAGAAGACAUCUAAAUGCUUAGAAGGUGAAAAGCCCUAUAACUGUCUGGAGUGUGGGAAGAGUUAUAGCCUUAAAUCGGUUCUUCCGGCUCACGAGGACAGUCAUAAAGGAGUUUGAGCUAUAAAUCAGACCUCAAACAUGUCCAGAAUAGUCAUAAAGAAGACAAAACCAAAGACAUGUCUGGAGUGAAGGAAGAGCUUCCAUUAGAGAGCAAGUCUCGAAGCUCACUAAAAAGCCCACAUGGGAGAGAAGUUAAAAAGCCUGGAUUCUUAUACAAGUUUUAAAUGCAACUCAAUCCUCAAAGAUUACUGGAAUUAUUAUUAUUAUUAUUAUUAAACUUUAUUUGUACCCCGCUAGCAUCUCCCGAAGGACUCGAUGCGGCUUACAAAGGCCAAGGCCUCAACACACAAUAUAACAAUACAAAACAAAAGGCAAAUUAAAACAAUUAAAACAGUAUAAACAACAAGCAGUAAACAAUACACUAAAUGUUCAUACAAAGAGAAAAGUAUAUACAUAACUGCCUUUUGAAAAGAGUUGAAUUAAACAAUAAGCUUUCACAAUAUACUAAAAAAUCCAUAUGGGAAAGAAGCCAUGGAAAUGCCGGGAGUGUGUUAAAGUCUUCACUCAAGAAAAAUCCCCUUGAGUAUGAAAUGAAUCUCAGCGGAGAGAAGCCUCUAAAUGCUCAGAGUUGUGUCCUCAAAUCAGAUCUCAAAAUUCUCCAGAAGAGAAAUCAUACACAUGCCACGAGUGUGGGAAGAGUUUACUCACACAAUGAAGGAAGCACGUGUGGAUAGAAAACUGCUCUAGCCUUUGUAUAGAUUCCCUCUUGUCUAGACUGAUUGUUGAUGCAAGUCAUCUUGUCCUUUUUCUUGGCACACUUUAAGGGAGAACUUGAUGUGUUCAGCCCAGUAUUUGUGGCCUUGUCACUGAUUUACUAGUUGAUAGGAUGUGGUUUCCACAUUGGUUUCCUCCUUUUCAGCUCUUUUGUGCUUGUUUUAGAAAGUUCACUGAAAUUUGUUUUGUUUCUUGUAUUCUUUUGCAAAUGCCCAGAGAGAAAUAAAGACAUCUCAUGGCCUCGUGGUAUAA